AUGGAGGCACUGAGAGAGUCUUUUCUCAAUUUGACCUUUCAGAUGUCAUCGUAUAAGAGAGCCACGUUGGAUGAGGAGGACCUGGUGGACUCCACGGCUGACGACGUGUACCCAUCAUCACCCAUGCAGGUGACUCUUCUGCACGGCCAUGGUCCCUCAUGUUGGCAAGACAGGACGCAGACGGAGCGGAGGCUGCUGUUUUUGUUGUGUGUUGUGUCCGCCGGCCUGUUUGUAUCUCUCAUCACGACUGGGGUCUUCUACAAACAGACGCACCCUGGCUUGUGCCUAACAGGGCCGUGCAUCACUGUGGCCAGUGCUGUCAUGGGAGCCCUGGACCGAUCCGUAGACCCCUGCCAUGACUUCUACAACUUUGCCUGUGGGGGCUGGGUGAAGAACAACCCCCUGCCUGAGGGCAAGUCCCGCUGGGGACCUUUCAGCAACCUCUGGGAGCACAACAUGCUUGUAAUGAAGCAUUUAUUAGAAAACACAACGGUAAAGGAUCUGAGUAAGGCUGAGGAAAAGGCUCAGAGAUAUUACCAGGCCUGCAUGAACGAGGCUAAGAUUGAAGAAUUGGGAGCUAAACCACUCGAGGAGCUUAUCAGCCAGAUAGGAGGAUGGGCCCUGACCGGAGCUUCGGACAAGAACAACUUCCAGGAAGUUUUGCGUAUGGUGUCAGCCAACUACCGCACCUCGCCUUUCUUCACAGUGUUUGUCAGCACCGACUCCAAAAACUCCAACAGUAACAUCAUCCAGGUGGAUCAGUCCAGCCUGGGGCUACCUUCACGGGAUUACUACCUCAACAAAACAGCAAAUGAAAAGUAUCUGUCGGCAUACCUCACCUUCCUGACGGAGUUGGGGGUUCUUCUGGGUGGCUCUGAGGAGACAUCCCGGACGGUGAUGGAGGAGAUCGUGGACUUUGAAACCAGCCUGGCCAACAUCACAGUCCCUCAGGAGGAGAGAAGAGACGAGGAGCUCAUCUACCAUAAGAUGGAGGCCAAGGAUCUGUCGACUCUGGUUCCUGCAGUGGACUGGAUGCCUUACCUCACAGAAGUGUUUGCUCCCGUGCCCCUCAACGAGUCCGAGCCGGUGGUUGUUUAUGCCAGAGAAUACCUCCAGCAAGUUUCUGAGCUCAUCAUUAAAACAAAUAAAAGCCUGCUCAACAACUACAUGAUAAUGAAGGUGGUGAGGAAGAUGGUGUCCAUUUUGGACCAAAGGUUCCAGGAUGCAGAGCAGCGCUUCCUUGAGGUCAUGUACGGAACAAAGAAGAGCUGCACGCCACGCUGGAAGCUGUGCGUCAGCGACACAGACAGCGCCCUGGGCUUUGCUCUAGGAGCCAUGUUUGUGAAAGCCACCUUUGCCGAAGACAACAAGGCCAUUGCUGAGGAGAUGGUAGCAGAGAUUAAAUGGGCAUUUGAGGACAGCCUGAAGUAUGUGAGCUGGAUGGACUCGGAGACAAAAAAAGCAGCCAAAGAAAAGGCAGAUGCAAUAUACAACAUGGUUGGAUAUCCAGAGUUCAUCAUGAACCUCACAAAGCUGGACAAAGUGUUCAAUGAUUUUGAGGUGGUGUCAGAACUUUACUUCCAAAAUGUGAUGCAGUACUACAACUUCUCAGCCAGAGUGACUGCGGACCAGCUGAGGAAAACUCCCAACAGAAACCAGUGGAGCAUGACCCCUCCCACCGUGAAUGCAUAUUACAACCCGACCAAAAAUGAGAUGGUUCUGCCUGCAGGAAUUCUUCAGGCUCCGUUUUAUAGUCGUUCCUGGCCCAAAGCUCUUAACUUUGGUGGAAUUGGAGUCGUCAUGGGUCAUGAACUGACUCAUGCUUUUGAUGAUCAGGGGAGGGAAUACGACAAGGAUGGAAACCUGCGUCCCUGGUGGAAGAACUCUUCUGUGGAGGCCUUUAAGAAGCAGACGCAUUGCAUGGUGGAGCAGUACGGAAAUUACAGCAUCAACCAGGAGCCUCUGAAUGGAAGACACACCCUGGGAGAGAACAUUGCUGAUAACGGUGGACUCAAGGCUGCCUACAAGGCUUAUGUGAACUGGAUCAAAAAGAACGGCGAGGAGGCCACGCUGCCUGCUCUGGGAAUGACGAACGAUCAGCUGUUUUUUGUAGGGUUUGCCCAGGUAUGGUGCUCUGUCAGGACACCUGAAAGCUCACAUGAGGGCGUCAUCACAGAUCCUCACAGUCCAUCAAAAUUUCGAGUCAUCGGCACCAUCUCCAAUUCAAAAGAAUUCUCAAAGCACUUUGGCUGCAAAGCAGACGCUCCCAUGAACCCUAAACACAAGUGUGACCUUUGGUGA